UCAACAGUAUAUCCUUUCGACUUUUGCGCCAACUGCUUGCGGAGCACACGACGACAACCGGGUUUUCUUACGGCUUGUCCGUACAAGACACGACAGGAUGGCGUGGGACAAGCUUUCCAUCACCAGGCCCCACCUGGUGUACAUCAUCCUGGGCGGCUUCACCUCUCUGUUCAUGCUGUGUUCUUCCAUCAUUAAGGAGCGCAUGUACAUUGGCGAAGCUACUGUGGCCACUCUCUGCGGCCUCAUCUUUGGCCCUCAUGCUGCCGGCCUUAUAGACCCCAUCGAAUGGGGUAACAUAGAUAUCGUUACGAUCGAGUUCUCUCGCCUCGUUCUCGUCGUCCAGUGUUUCGCCGUCGGAGUCGAAUUGCCAAAGUUCUACAUGGAAAAGCACUGGAGAUCCGUCACAUUCCUCCUUAUUCCUGUCAUGCUCUGGGGCUGGCUGAUCACCGGUCUUUUUGUCUGGUGGCUGAUUCCACCCCUGAACUGGCUCGAAAGUCUGGUUGUUGCUGCCUGUGUUACGGCUACGGAUCCCGUCCUCGCUUCAUCCGUUGUCGGUAAGGGCAAGUUCGCAAAGAGAGUGCCCAAGCAUUUGCGAGAUCUGCUCUCUGCGGAAUCCGGCUGCAACGAUGGCAUGGCUUUCCCCUUCAUCUACCUUUCUCUAUACCUCAUUCUAGACCACCGUGAGGCCCGAGAGGUAUCAUUCCAUUGGAUCGUCUUCACCAUUCUCUACGAGUGCGUUUUCGGCGCCAUCUAUGGCUUCAUGGUCGGCUAUAUCGCACGCCACGGUAUCAAGUAUGCAGAGAGACAUGAGCUGAUCGACCGAGAGAGUUUCCUCGUCUUCUACUUUGUCCUGGCUCUCUUUUGCGCUGGGUCUGGUAGUAUCCUAGGCGUAGAUGAUCUUCUUGUCGGCUUCGCUGCCGGCGUCGGCUUCUCCAACGACGGUUGGUUCACAAACAAGACGGAAGAAUCCCACGUAUCUAACGUCAUUGAUUUGCUCAUCAACUUGGCAUACUUUGUCUACCUCGGCACCAUCAUUCCUUGGGAGCAGUUCAACAACUUCGAGAUCGGACUGGGCGCUUGGCGCUUGGUCGUUCUCGCCAUCAUGGUCAUCCUCUUCAGACGAAUCCCCAUCAUGAUGGCUCUGAAACCAUUGAUACCCGACAUCAAGACAUGGCGCGAGGCUUUGUUUGCUGGUCAUUUCGGUCCCAUUGGUGUCGGUGCUAUCUUUGUCGCCAUUCUGGCGCGCGCUGAGCUGGAGCACGAGGAUCCUGUCCCCCUUGCCGAUAUCUCCAGCAUUAACCCGAACAAUCCGCACUUCCACCUGAUUAGACUGGUGUGGCCCAUUGUUACCUUCUUGGUAGUGUCUUCGAUUAUCGUCCACGGCUCAUCAGUCGCCGUGUUUACGCUCGGCAAACACAUCAACACCCUUACCAUCACCAUGUCAUACACGCAAGCCAACGAAGAUGGGCCUUCCUGGAUGAACCGCUUGCCCCGCAUCACUUCGGUUUCCCGCUCUCAAGCUAGGAACAUGUCGGAUACCGAAGAUGAUAUGAAGAUGCCUGAAUUCCCCCCUGGCACGUUGCCCCCUACUGGUCUUCCAGGUACCUUCUUGCGUCGCCAGAAGGAAGAGGAUAAGGAUACCGGGCGUCGGGAGCGGUCAUCAUCGGCCAACGGCCGGCGUCGGAGAAAGAGAUGGGAUGACGGGAUCGGACCCGGAGGCCCUAUUAGCCAGUCAGCAAUCUUCCCCCAGCGCCGAAGCCAAAGCGAACAAGCAAUCGCUUCGCCUCAUGAUGAGAUGUCUCCUGAGCCAUCUGACACUACGCGGUUGUCACCUUCGGAUGCCCUGACUACGUGCCGCUCGGCAAGAAAGAGUGAAAAGGAAAGAUCAUCUGAUGAAACCGCCUCCCCCUAUGAACCGAGCCCCACCUCUGGACAGAGGGAUCAGGAACUUGAAUACUAUGACGAAGGCGACCAUGUCAUUGUUGAGGAUCGCGAAGGAAAUGUUCUGGCCGUGGAACCCCCUGCUACCGGCGAAGGCGAGAAUCCAGUGGAAGCUCUCAAGGAGAAGCUUGAGGCUGAGGCUGGGCCAUCGGGAUGGAGCUAUGACGCCUUGAAGAAGAAGAUUCAGAACUGGCGUGAGGAAGAAAUGGCAAAGCGCAAGGAGAAGGAGAAGUCUACUAGGAGAAGUGAACCGGCCAGAGCGUACCAGUUCGGUACAACGAUUAUUGUCGAAAAUGAAGAUGGCGAGGUUCUUAAGAAAUAUGAACUGCCUUCCGGGAAACCAGAAAACGAUUUUGUUUCCCAGGGCUUGAAGUACAUGGGUAUCAAGGCAGGAGACAAAUCAGCGGUCGCAGGAAGUGCAGCUGGUGGCGAGGGCUCGGCCAGUAGGCCGGCCAAACCAACGAAACGUCCUACGUGGGCUUCGGCCGUGGUUGGUGGCGGCGAUGCGUCGAAAAAGAAGAAUGCGGUGGAAGAACAAGAAGAGGACGAUCGUCAUAUUCGCUUCACUAUUGGUGGUGUUGGCCAACGCAUGAACAAGGAGGACUUCAUCAGGGAGAUGCAGAAGUUGGACAAGAGUACGCGCAAGGAGGUUGUGGACCAGUCCAACGCAUCAAGCGCUGUCAAGAACCUAGCCAAAGCGGACCUUACGCCUAAGCAGCCACAGCAACCGCAGCAGCAGCAACCGCAGCAACCACAGCCGGCGCAGCGCAGAGGAUCUCCUGCUGGAUCUGUCAAGUCCAGCCACAGCAAGGAUAGCUUACGCUCCACAAGACAAGGGCGUCCUGAGAAGUUGGAAGUGAUGAGCGGAGGCAGCAAUCCCGAACGCAGUGAAUCGCCGUCGAGGUCAAGGUCGAGGUCGCCUUCGCUCCUCACGGCAGAGGGAGCGUCAGCAGCCCCGAGCAGGGACGUCCCAGAAACAGCAGCCGAGCGGAGACGUAGGUUAGCGGUGCUCCAGAGCGUUGGAGAUGACGGGGAAGGAGAACACGGCGAGACGCCAGCGGAAAGACGACGCAGAGAGGCUGCUCUGGGCAUGUCUUCGGGCGCAGCGGAGGACGAGGAUAGCGAGGAUGAUGAUACCCCCAGGAUUCCGCCGCCGAGGAGAGGGAUCCGGUUCGCGGAGCCGACCAGGCGGGAGACAUGAGUUAAACUGA